AUGGCGAACUACACUGCAGUUAACUUUGUGGAUGUGUUCCCCCCGGCCAUCCAUCAGGAAAUCAUCCGACAAGCCGGCCUGCAUGCUGACGAGGACAAGGACCACACUUUUGGUGUGAUGCUGCAAGAAUUUCUGGGCGACCCCCCUCGCAGGCAAAUCACCUGGAGUGAACAGGGCAUUAACACCCUACUUGAAGCUAAUAUGCGCGUCUUGAAAAUUUUCACCGAGAAAUUCCCUGGCUUUAACCAGGGAGAUUUCUACCGACGGAGUCCAAGUGAACACUUCCGUCACAGAGGCAUUCCCUGCUCCUGGUCCGUGAGUUCAUCUGGAGGAAUCGUCUUCCAGUUCUUCGACGUCACAGGCCUUCGUAAUCGGAUAGCCGAUCUCCUCCCUCGACUCGAAUGA